GAAAAAUGGGAAGUUAUAAUUGUAUAUUUUUGACUUUCUUUUGUGUCUUCGUGGCUGUUUUGGGAAUAGAAAGUUGGAAUCAUUGCACAAGUAAUCCUAAUUGUCGCUGUAUCCCAAAAGAUAACAAAAACUAUAUAGCAGACUGUUCGAAUCUAGCAAUCACAGAGGUACCGCGAACGCGACCAGAUGUCGACACUCUCAAUAUAGGACAUAAUAGAAUAAGUCACAUCAUGCAUCCGUUCAGUCCCACACUUGUGAAUUUGGAUAUGUCUUAUAACCAGCUUCAAAACUUUACUCAUGACGUGUUCGCAAAUUUAACACGCCUGAGAACUCUAAAUUUAGAAGGAAAUCAACUUCAAUUGGACGACAGUGUACUCAGACCGGAAGUCUUCCGAGACAUAAAAGCUUUACGUUCAAUAAACAUUAAGAAGACUAUAGUCAAAGCACAGAGCACAUUUCCAUAUAACAUGUGGGGCCAGCUGUCCUCGUUAGAGACUCUCCGGAUUGACGUCAUAUCAUCGACACAAUUUGGUCGACAGUUUCGCUCUUUAAGGUCAUUGACUGUCCUGGAUGUAUCAGGCUGCUCCGGGUUUUGCUCGAUAGAAGAAAUUGGAGAAAAGUUCUUGGAAAAUCUGCCUCACUUGGAGAUUCUGGAUUUGUCUUGUUGUCAGAUAAAAGGAUUCUCAGCAGGUGCCCUGAAAAAACAACGAAAUAUAACGGUCCUUGAUAUUUCAUACAAUGAAAACUUACAUUUGCAAGUUUUGCAAAGGAUGGAAUCACUUGACUUGUCCCUCCAGAUGGGGUCCACGCCCAUCAGCGACCUUAUAGACGCUUUCACUUGUCAAAAUCCUAUACGACCUUCCAAUAACACAAUAGAGAGUCAUUCCAACAAAUUCAACACAGAACCAUUUCAAAUGAGAUACAAUACUAGUAUCACCGAAACUCUGCCAAGAAAUUUAAGAACGCUCAUACUGAGAACAUGUGGCAUACGUCUGGAACUGUUUAGGAUUCUUGUUAACCCGUCCAAUCAGUUAUCCCAUGUUGACCUUUCACAGAACCUAGAGGAAUCAAGAGGACUGCGCCUGUGCCUCAGCAAGAGGGACUUCCGGCCCGGUACAGAGAUCGCAGCUAACAUUACAGAAGCCAUCACCAAGAGUCGUAAAACAAUCAUAAUUCUGUCCAAUCACUUCCUGAACUCUUACUGGUGUAUGUAUGAAUUCAAUAUGGCAAGGAUGGAGAGUAUUUAUACCCGGAAUGGAAAGCACGUACUGUUCAUGGUUAUGUAUCGACACGUGACUGCUAAGAUGUUGCCUUUAUCAAUGCUGGCCUUGGUAGAAAGUCAUUCCUAUAUCGAGUACCCCGACGAUCCUCAGGGGAACAUCGUUUUCUGGGACAAAGUAGCUGAUACAUGCAGAAAUCCGUCAGAUUAAAGUAGCUGACACCUGGAAAAGCAUUCAGAUUAAUAUAACUGAUACCUGCAGAAAACCUUGAUUAACCACUGAGAUCUGUAAUAGGUCCUUAAGACAACAAAUCUGAAACCUGUAAUAAGCCUUCUUUAUAAAAAAAAAAAUAGAUGAAAUGAAAAAAAAAAAGAAAAAUCUGAUUGAUCUCAAGAAACUUACAAAAAUACAGAUUUGUGAGCUAUUCAUUAUGCAGAUGGUGAACAGCAUACUCAAACUCAAAAGUCCAAAGGGACAUUAUAUGAAAUUUGGAGCUUAUCAAUCACGAUUCUUCAAAAUAAUCAUUUCCUGUCAACUAAUCAAAUCAGCGGAAAACCUAUUUUAAAAGUCGUCAAGAUAAGAAUAGCCAAACCUGGGGAAAUUUUAGAUUUAAAAACACUGAAUUCACGAAAAAGCUUUAAGCUCUAACCCUGCAAAAGGCUUGCAAAAUAAAAAUAACUGAAACCCGCCAAAUGAAGACACAACGGAAACAGCCAUCUUAUUGAUAUUCUCCCUCAGUUGAAAUGCAGAUGUUUCUAAACAUUAGAAGUUGUUGCUUAACGUAAUUAAGUCAUACAGGUAUACCACUUUGUAAAAGUGACACCACAAAAUUGAGGAUCUGAUUCUAUGGGUUUUCCCUGCAGUUUCACAUGUAGAGUGAUCUGCCCUUAGAUCUGAAUUAUAACAAAUAGAAAUUUACAGUAUAUUACCCAAUUUGUAAUUAAUUCAAGUAUUCUUAAGAUUUUAAAAUGCCAAGAAAAAUUAAUUGAACAUGUUAUUUAAAUGUAAUGUGUACAUCAUGGAAGUAAACAACAGUGAUAUCUAUUCACUGAUACAAUGUUGUCUUAGUACAUUUUUCCCUGAGGUAAAUGACACGUACCAUAUUGAAAAUUAAAUACUAUACAGUUGGAAAAUAACUCGCGGUGUAAAUAUUCGCUAUAUUCACG